CCUCCAUUCAGCGAAGAUGGCGAGCGGAGGAUCGUCCGUGGCUUCGCUAUGGACCGAAGUGAACCGCUGCGGGCAGAAUGGAGACUUCACCAGGGCCCUGAAAGCUCUCACUAAAAUUUUGCACGAAAACAGGGAUGACGUGACGGCCCUUCAUUGUAAAAUAGUUUGCCUUAUUCAGAAUGGGAGCUUCAAAGAGGCGCUGAACGUCAUGAACAUGCAUGCCAAAGUGCUCGGCAGUGAGGUUGUGUUUGAGAAGGCGUACUGCGAGUACCGGCUGAACAGAGUGGAAAGUUCUCUGAAGACCAUCGAAGGAGCUCCUGAGCAGACAGACAAGCUGAAGGAGCUUUACGGUCAAGUGUUGUACAGACUAGAGCGCUACGAUGAGUGCAAGUCUGUCUACACAGAUCUGAUCAGGAACUCCCAGGACGAGUACGAGGAGGAGAGGAAGACUAACCUCGCUGCUGUGGUGGCUACGAUGAGUCAGUGGGAGAAGGCUCCGAUGGAAGAUCUGGGUCUUCCCGAGUCCACGUAUGAGCUCUGUUACAACACUGCCUGUGCUCUGAUUGGCCAAGGACAGCUUACAGAGGCCCUCAAUAAACUACGACAAGCAGAGGAGCUUUGCAGAGUCUCACUGGCAGAUGAUUCUGAUGUGACUGAGGAGGACAUCGACUCGGAGCUGGCUAUCAUCCAUUCACAGAUGGCGUACAUCAUGCAGUUACAGGGUCGGACAGACGAGGCUCUGCAGCUCUACAACCAGGUCAUCAAGCUCAAGCCAUCAGAUGUGGGUCUGUUGGCUGUGACCGCCAACAAUAUCAUCACAAUAAACAAGGACCAAAAUGUGUUCGACUCAAAGAAAAAGGUGAAACUGAUGAGUGCUGAGGGCGUUGAAUACAAGCUGGCAAAGAAGCAGCUGCAAGCCAUCGACUUCAACAAAGCCCUGCUGGCCAUGUACACUAACCAGGCUGACCAGUGCAGGAAACUGUCCUCCAGUCUUCAGUCUCAGAACCCAGGUCACCCUCGGCCGGUCCUAAUCCAGGUGGCUCAGCUGUGUAGGGAGAAGCAGCACAGCCGGGCCAUCGAGCUGCUCCAGCAAUUCUCAGAUCAAAAUCCAGAGAGUGCAUCUGGCAUCAAACUGACAAUGGCACAACUCUAUUUAGUACAAGGUCAUGUAACAAAAGCCUGUGAUGUUCUGAGGUCCAUUGAAGAGUUCAAGCACAAAUCAGGGAUGAUCUCAGCUCUGGUAACGAUGUACUCCCACGAAGAAGACAUCGACAGCGCUAUUGAUGUUUUCAAACAAGCUAUCGAGCAUUACCAGUCUGAACAGCCUGGAUCUGCUGCACACUUGGCUCUUGUACGAGAAGCUGCCAAUUUCAAACUGAAGUACGGACGGAAAAAAGAAGCCAUUAGCGAUCUGGAGCAGCUUUGGAAACAAAACACCAAUGACGUCCACACACUGGCUCAGCUCAUCUCUGCCUACUCCCUGGUGGACACGGACAAAGCCAAAUCCCUCAGCAAGCACCUACCGUCUGCAGACACCAUGUCCUUCAACGUGGACGUGGACGAGCUGGAGAACUCCCACGGAGCCACAUACGUCAGGAAAAAAGCUGCUAAAGUUGUAGGAGAAAGCCUUCCCAAAGAGCAAGGCCAAGACGAAAUCAAAAAGAAGAAGAAGAAAAAGAAAGGAAAAUUACCCAAGAACUACGACCCCAAAGCGACCCCCGACCCCGAGAGGUGGCUUCCAAUGAGGGAGCGGUCCUACUACAGAGGCAAGAAGAAGGGCAAGAAGAAGGAGCAAAUCGGAAAAGGCACGCAGGGAGCAACCGCAGGAGCUUCAGCUGAGCUGGACGCCAGUAAGACCGCCAGUAGCCCCCCUACCUCCCCGAGACCAGGCUCUGCGUCCGGCUCAUCUGCAGCCCCGGCCAGCGUGGUCCCCCCACGACAGCAGAAACCCGCAGCCUCGGGGGCCACCCGCAAGAAAGCACCACAGAAGAAGAAGAAGGGAGGCAAAGGAGGCUGGUAGUCGGAAGGAAACGACGUGAGGAGGAGUGGCUGAGAAAUCAGAAGCUUUUUGUUUGUUAUUUUGUCUUCUCUGUUCGGGUCAUUUUGCAAACACGUGAAACCAAAAUCUCCCCAUCGCUCUUCUACACCAUUAAUUUGUAAUAUUUUGUGAAGUACAGCAGAGAGAAUAUUUAAAGGACAGUUCCACUGAAAUAUUAGAACUUAUUGUUGCUCUGCAGGAACAGUUUUUGAUUCUCUUUAACUUUGGUGUAUUGGGGUCACAGUAAAAUGAUACUACAGAUGCUACUCAUGAAUAUUUUUCAUUAAAUUUGCAAUGAAUGUUGUUCGUUGGAGUAUUUUCAGUGACUAUACGACUGUUUUACUGUAUUUUACACCUUCUUCAAGGGAUAUCCAGCAGCAUAUGUCUAUAACACAUUUCAAUGUUUGAAUCAAGUUCUUGAAUAAUGUCACUUCUGACAUUUAGAUCAUUUUGUGGGACCUUUACAUUUUAGUUACACUUUAGGAAACUAAAUCCAGUGUUACGUCAUUAUUGCAUUUUUAGAACAUGAAUUAUUUACUUUAAAAUAACUACAGUCAGGAUUGUCUGAAAACUGCUUCUGCAGAGUAAUGUGAAGUUUAGAAUUUUGGGGGAAUUGUCCUAAAAUAUGUAAGAGUCUGAAUAUUCAGAUGUCGAACUCUGGCUGUCUGCGUCAUGUUUCUUUAAUACGUCCCUUUUAUUUUCAAUCAGCUGCAGAGAAGUAAAAGAUAUUUAUUUUUGAAUCCCUGUGUUGACUUCAAGCGGAAGAGUUUUAAUUCUGUCAGAUGCAUGUUUUAGAAAGACACUAUUUUGGCCAAGCAGGAGUCCCAUUUUGUUAAGUCUUAAUAAAACUCUGAACAGCGA